AUGCGCAGUCUCCGACUGCUGGCCUGGGCUCCGGGCGUCAGCCCUCGGCCGAUUUCAAGGUCACAGAGCGCCAUCUUGUGCGACGUGUUCGCGCAAGCAAACCGAUCUUUCUCACGCGCUGGCGACUAUCGUGGUGCCGGUCGACUAUACUCAACCACUUCCGGGACCCUUCGCAACCGCACCUUCGGUUUCCGUUCAGCCGAGGUUCCUCUUCUGCCUCGCCAGAGUAGCAGCCAAUACAGUCCUUUCACACCUCACAUUGUUUCUCAGACACGCCUAUUAUGUUCAACAUCACGCCUCCUUGAAGCGAAACCGCUUACCCCGUCUCCGAAUACUCCCGAACCUCCCAACCGCUCCGUUCCGGAAAAGGAGGAGGAAGACAAAGGGUUUGAACUGUCCGAGCGUGCAGCGCAAGCCGCUCAGGUUGAUCUGCGAGCCAAAUUGGCAAAGGAUGGCGCUUCGGGCAAGAAGUCUGGUUUCGCGGAAAUCUGGCGGCUGAUCAAGAUUGCGCGACCCGAAGCCAAAUGGCUCGGGUUCGCAUUCUUCUUCCUGCUGAUCUCCUCGUCUAUAACUAUGUCAAUUCCCUUUUCGAUUGGUAAAAUCAUGGACACAGCGACAAAGAGCACGGAGGAGGGCGGCAACGAGCUGUUUGGUUUGAGCCUUCCCAUGUUCUACAGCGCUCUGGGCGGAAUCCUUGUCAUCGGUGCAUGUGCCAACUAUGGUCGUAUCAUCAUUCUCCGUAUUGUGGGCGAGCGCAUUGUCGCGAGAUUGCGCUCCAAGCUUUUUCGCCAGACAUUCGUGCAGGAUGCCGAGUUCUUUGAUGCCAACCGAGUCGGCGAUCUGAUCUCCCGCCUCAGCUCUGACACUAUCAUUGUGGGCAAGAGUAUCACGCAGAACUUGUCGGACGGGCUUCGUGCCGGUGUCAGUGGCGUGGCUGGUUUCGGUCUUAUGGCCUAUACCAGUUUAAAGCUGUCCAGUAUCUUGGUUUUGUUGCUUCCGCCAAUUGGCUUGGGUGCUCUUUUCUAUGGACGAGCAAUCCGAAACCUCAGUCGUCAGAUCCAAAAGAAUCUGGGCUCGCUCACCAAGAUUGCCGAGGAACGCCUGGGUAACGUGAAGACAAGCCAGUCGUUUGCGGGUGAAAUUCUUGAAGUCAACCGAUACAACAAACAAGUACGCAAGAUCUUCGACCUCGGAAAGAAGGAGUCCUUGAUCAGCGCGACGUUCUUCAGCACGACUGGAUUGAUGGGUAACAUGACGAUUUUGAGUCUGCUUUACGUCGGAGGUGGCAUGGUUCAAUCCGGUGCCAUCAGCAUCGGAGAAUUGACCUCGUUCUUGAUGUACACUGCUUAUGCUGGAUCCAGCAUGUUCGGCCUUUCGAGCUUCUACUCGGAGCUUAUGAAGGGUGUCGGUGCUGCAAGCCGACUCUUUGAGCUGCAAGACCGCCAGCCGACCAUCCAUCCCACCAAGGGUUUGAAGGUCGAGUCCGCACGCGGUCCUAUCCGCUUUGAGAACGUUUCCUUCAGCUACCCGACCCGACCCGCUGUGGCCAUCUUCAAGGACCUGAAUUUUGAAAUCCCACAGGGAACCAACGUUGCGAUCGUUGGUCCCUCUGGAGGCGGCAAAUCAACCAUCGCGCACAUCCUGCUCCGUUUCUAUAGCCCUACUGCGGGUAGAGUUCUCAUCAAUGGGAAGGACAUCAAUGACUUCAAUGCAAAGUCCCUCCGACGAAAGAUCGGUGUGGUUGCACAGGAGCCCGUCCUCUUUUCUGGAACUAUUGCCGAUAACAUUUCCUAUGGCCGUCCUCAAGCAACUCAUUCUGAGAUCGUUUCUGCGGCGCGCAAGGCCAACUGCCAGUUCAUCAGCGAUUUCCCUGAUGGACUCGACACUCAUGUCGGACCCCGCGGUGCGCAGUUGUCCGGUGGACAGAAACAGCGAAUCGCCAUUGCGCGUGCUCUGAUCAAGGAUCCCGAUAUUUUGAUCCUCGACGAAGCCACCUCUGCUCUCGAUGCCGAGUCCGAGACUCUAGUCAACGGUGCCUUGGCCGCGCUGCUGCGUGGCAACAACACAACCAUCAGCAUCGCGCAUCGCCUCUCCACCAUCAAGCGAUCUGACACAAUCAUCGUUCUUGGCAACGAUGGCAAAGUCGCCGAGCAAGGCAACUAUGAAGAGCUCAGCGCUCGUCCCGAUGGAGCUUUCACCAAGCUCAUGGAAUGGCAGAUGAGUGGCGGCGAGGCUGACCAGCCUCCCAAGGCCCGUGCUGUGCAACCGGAAGAACUCUACGAGUUCCCGGAAAUGGAGCAGGACAAUGAAGUCGAUGAGGAAGAACUCGACGAGUCCAAGUCGGAGAAAAAGAAAUAG